GAGGGAGAGGGAGGGAGAGAAAGAGAAGAAGAGAAAGAGAGAGAGGGAGAGAAACAGAGAGAGAGAGGCAUUAAAUGAGCACAGAUUGGCUGCAGAACGUGGAGAAGGAGAGAUGGAUGAAAAUGAGAAGAAAAGAUAUUAGGGAGCGAGGAUGAGAUGAGUCACUACCUGCCAGGAGAGAGUCAGAGAAAGUGAGAGAGAGUGAGACAUGUGGCGGAGUGUCCAUCCCUGCCCACCCUUCCUCCUCUUCUUCUUCCUCCUGCUGCUGCGCACAUGUGCCUGGGCCGUCGAGGAACUCAGAGAGGACCCUCACGCUGUCGCCACGGUGACAGGCACCCCCUGGGGCACGUGGGAGGGAGCGUGGCGGGCUGGCCACGCCCCCUCUGCCGCCGCACGCCCCACUCACACGCAGCCCAGCCCCCCACCACCUGCGGGGAUCCGGGCUGUCAGCUUGGAAGCGCCUGGUGCUGGGGUUUUCCCACACAGAAGCGCCGCUAAUUUUCGACCCAGCGCCACAGGUAUUCCCUGGUCCAGCGCGGAGAUGGGUGGAGCGGGUUUCCAACGGGCCAGUGGAAACAGCACGAGUCGCACGGUGUUCCAGGGAGCAGCGGGUCCAGCAGUCCAGAGCAGGGCAGUGCCGCGGCCCAGGGUCCGGAGGAGCUGGAUCUGGAACCAGUUCUUCGUCAUUGAGGAGUACAGCGGGCCGGAGCCAGUUCUGAUUGGACGGCUACAUUCAAGUAUGGACCGUGGUGAUGGCCACACCAAGUACAUUCUGACGGGGGAGGGGGCGGGAUCCGUGUUUGUGAUUGACAGUAAGACAGGAAACAUCCAUGUCACCAAACCUCUGGACCGUGAGGAGAAGGACCAGUACCGGCUCAUCGCUACGGCAACGGACAGGCAGACAGGGCAGGCACUGGAGGCCUCGUCGCAAUUUCUCAUCCGAGUGCAGGACAUCAAUGACAACUCGCCUGUGUUUGCCCAGACGCAUUACAACGCCACUGUCCCCGAGAUGGCCAGCAUUGGAACGUCUGUUGUCCAGGUGACAGCUACGGAUGCAGAUGACCAGGCUUACGGGAACAGUGCCAGGCUGGUGUACUCAAUGCUGCAGGGCCAGCAGUACUUCACUGUCGACCCGCAGUCUGGCACCUUGCGUACUGCAGUGUCCGAUAUGGACAGGGAGGUGCAGUCGGAGUAUGUGGUGGUGCUACAGGCCAGAGACAUGGGUGGCCACCAGGGGGGGCUCACGGGAACCACCUCCGUCACUGUGCACCUGAGUGACGUCAACGACAACCCACCACGCUUCACCAGCAAUGUGUGGUCGUUCUCGGUGUCGGAGCUGGCACUACCUGGCGUGGAGGUGGGGCGAGUGUCAGCCACAGACGCAGACCUAGGGGAGAACGCUCGCCUGGACUUUACCAUUGCAGACGGAGACGGAGGGGACGCCUUCAACAUCACCGGACUGAACCAAGAGGGUGUGAUUUUACUCAACAAGGUGGUGGACUAUGAACGGCGCAGCUUGUACACUCUGUCUGUGGAGGUGCAGAACCCGAGCGUGGACGCACGGUUCGUGCGGCGCGGCCCGUUUAAGGACCGCGCCGUGGUGCGCGUCACCGUGCUGAACGCCGACGAGCCGCCACGCUUCUCACGAUCGCGAUACCGACUAGACGUGGCGGAGAACUGCCCCCCUGCCUGUGCUGUGGGGCGUGUCACCGCCGUUGACCCAGACUCAGGCCUCAGCAGCAAUAUAAAAUACUCUAUUGACCCUGAGUCAGAUCCAGAAGCUUUGUUUCGUAUUGCCCCUGACAACGGACUCAUCACCACGGCGAUGGAGUUGGACCGGGAGCAUGAGAAGUGGCAUAACAUCACUGUCAUCGCCACCCAGAGAGAUAGUCCCAACCAGGUUACCAGGGUAGCGGUUGCCAUAGAGACGCUGGACCUGAAUGACAAUGCGCCCGAGUUGGACAGGCAGUACAGCACAGCUGUAUGCGACACCAGCACCCCUGGACAGGUGAUCCAGGUUCUCCGUGCUGUGGACCGAGACCAAACCAGCCACAGCUCCCUCAUACACUUCAGUCUGCCCAGUGACGGCAGGCUGACGCUCAACCUUACCCUGCGGCAGGGCGGAGGCCACACAGCCAGUCUGAUACUCCUUUCACCCAUGAAGCUCCUCCCUCACCUCACCUCUUCUUCGCACACCUUAAAAAUACCCAUAAUCCUCCGGGAUGGUAUGUCGGAGCUGAGCAGCACUGGGACGGUCACCGUGGCGACGUGCCCCUGCCGGGGAGGGGGCAUGAGGACGGAGGAGAGGAAGAGCGAGAGCAGCACGGACCCCCAGGCGGAGUGGGAGAAGCGGGUGGUGUGUGUGCCCCACAGUCCGGGGGACGCCCCGCUGGGCCUCAGCUCACUGGCCGUGCUGGCUGCCCUGGGAUUCUCAUCCGCCCUGCUCGUGGUGACUGCGCUGGCCCUCUCUGUGCGCAGACAGAAGAGUGACACUCUGUCCCCCCUGGAGGAUGAUGAAAUCCGAGAGAACAUCAUCACGUACGACGACGAGGGGGGAGGGGAGGCAGACACGGCCGCCUUCGACAUCGCCACGCUGAAGAGCGCCCCCCCCAGGUUACACGGGGCACUGCGCCUCAGUGACAGCAGGAACACAUGCUCGGGGUACAGCAGGACCCAGAGCCCGGUGCGGCCCGGCUCGGUGGCCCUCUACGGCAGGUUUUGCUACAGCUUCCAUGCGCCACCUGCGGUCGUGGAACUCCGCUCCCCGAUGGGCCCGGGUGUGGAAAUGACCACACUGGCCUGUCCCCUACCGCACGGCCUGGCCCACGCCUGCGGGUCGCCGGGCCCGAGGGCGGGGCCCGUCGACCUACGUAAUGGCACGCAGGAGAGCAGAGCCAACCUUUCUGCUGAUGACGAAGCAGGAAAUGAGGUCAUUUGUGACAGUCAGAAAUGGAGUCAAGAACAGCAGGCUCCAGUGCUCCACAGCUCUAACUGGAGUGACUCCAACCACUCUGGGGCUCCUCCGUCUGGAUUCCCCACCCAUCACAUCUCCACCUCCACCAUCACCUCCACCGUUGCUACGGAUGACACCACACCCACACCUGUUCCCCACAGACUGACGGAGGCUCCCAUUAACACGAGCCAGAGCACAGCACCGCAGCGCCCCCUGCAGGCACUCAGAACCACAGAGGGGGCACUGCGGAGAGGGGGCGGAGGGAUACCACUGGUCGGAACUACUUGUCUGUACCCAGAGGCGAGUGAGUCGGUGGGUGUAUAUGCACUGGCAGGGCGGGACUAUUCUCAACCCCUUUUCAUGCCUUUCCAAGGAGGGGUGGGGUUAUACACGGGAGGGCGGGGCUUAGGGAGCCGUGUGGGGGAGUGGGCGAUGAGGAGUGGCUCUAACUCACUUACUCACAGAAUGGGCGACUUCCUGCAGGACCGAUUAGCCCAGGUGACCUAUGACCCCAUGCAGCCGCCAUACGAUUCGCUGCAGACGUACGGGGUGGAGGGGGCGGGGUCUCAGGCCACGUCCCUCAGCUCCCUGGAGAGCGAGGGCGAGAGGCAGGCAGAGGAGGCAGAGGGCGUAGACGAGUGGGGACCCAAGUUUCACACACUGCUGCAGAUCUUCAGAGACAGGGCGAGGGAGACAUGCGACGAGCAGACGGUGGCCAGGCGGGGAGGACCCGGAGAGAUAGGCAGUGUGGAGAAAGAGAAGGAGAGAGGGAUGGAACAGGGAGGGGGGAGAGGAGAGGGAAAGAGCGAGUGAGAGAGAGAGGGGGCGAGAGAGAGAAAGAGAGAUCACAGUAGGGUAACUUAUUGUGAUAUUUCCUGUUGGGGUAAUUCAAAACAUUUUUUUAUAAUUUAGUAAAUAAUAUCGCAAUACCAAGAGAUCCAGUUACUCUGUUUGAGAUCAGUAAUUCACAAAAUUCACAACUAUAACACACUCACACACACACACACACACACACACACACUCACACAGUGGCUAUUCACCGGACACACCGCUAACAUCCACAAUGCUGCUAACACGCUUAGCCACACAUAUGCUGGCGAACACAUGCACACGCGUGCACACGCACACACAUUUUCCAGGCCCACCGGAGGAAAUAAGAGCGAUGUUGCGUUCCCCAGUUUCCCAUAACAUUUGUGUAAAUAAUUCACUUAUGCACUCUGAGCCAAAGUUACAAAACAUCUCAUAUCUGAAAUAUUGAUUGCGGGCCCUCGUGAGCGCCAUUGUUUGAAAAACAGGCCUCAUGAAUAAUGCAUGACCCCUAUUAAUAUUGAUGCUUAUGUAUUAAUAAGAAAAAGCUGCCACAUAACAAAGCAGAAAUAAAGUGAGAGGAUAAUGGUUCAGGGAGAGUGAGAGGGGAGUAAGAAUGAGGGGAGAGUGAGAGGAGAGUGAAAGUGAGGUGUUUUUAACAAGGUUGCAGUAGCUCCACGUCACUGCUCUGGGCGCGGACUUGUUUAAACGCUUUCCUGCGUGUCACCUACUUCUGGGCCUCCUGCCGAGUUCCCUCGUUGCUCUGCCGUUUGACUUCCCUUGACUUUCAACCCGGUAACAACCUCUUCCUCUGCGCUUCUCACCAUUAUGGGCGUCCACGCCGCUGGCCGACGAGCUGUAAAUCAGGUUCUCACCCCACGUAGCUGGGAGAAGAGAGUACGCAUCUGCCGCACAAAGAAAAACUCCAAACCUGACGUGUUCGUUUCUUCCUUCAGACCGACGGGUGGCUUGUGUUUCUAAUCUGAGAGGUUGUGAUGGUGAUUUGGAGAUUGUUGGUAUUAGCUGGGAUUACUUUGAUUGGCACAUGAAUUCUUUCAAAUACAACAACCGACUGUUUAAUCCCCCGACACACCAAACCACACAGGUGUAGCUGUCAGGAGAAACACCUCUGUGUUACACCACCAUAAAAGUGAGUCAUACACACGCGGUGCCCGGCCAAAGUAAUUCAGCCCCCUUCAAAGUCAGCAAAUUUGCCUCGUUCGCAAAUGACAUUUUAUUAUAAUGCGCUGUGUUUUAAAAUAAACUAUAAGACCUAUAAACCUGAAAAUGACUUUAAUAUGGGAUUUAUGUAAGAAAAUAUCUGGUGAGAAAAAUGAAAAAUGCAGUUUGCAUAAGUAAUUCAGCCCGUGCUGGCAGCAGGGUUCACACAGAUGAAACGCAUUGCCCUAACAAGGAUGUAAUUGGCUUAAAAUGACUCGUCUGUGGAUCAUUAAAAGAUGUUACCUGUUCUGAAUAAAAGGCCACGUUACUUCAAAUGCAGCGGGUCAGACAAGCCACGACAACCGAGACAAAACAGCAUUUUCAGAAGAAUAAAGAUGAUGGUCUACACUUGCACAAGAUAGGACCAGACUGCAGAACAAUCUCAAAGUGUUUGGAUAUCCCAGUGUGCACUGCUGGAUCACCUGCGUGGAAAUGCAGGCACUGCCUGGCCAGGGCUGUCUUCUCAAACCCAGCGUCCGAGCAGGACAGGUGCUGGGGACAGCGGUCAGUGGCUGAGGCCACAGUGUAGGAGCCCCAGUCCACGACAGUCAACAAACAGCCCCUGAGAGCUCUGCACUGACCAGCCUGUGAAGGAGGGCAACUGCAAACAACCUGAAGCUCCUGGAGCAAGUCUGCCAGGAGGAAUGAGAGGAAACGUGUCUCAGCACUGUGCAAAACUGGUAGAAACAUCCCCCAACACACCUGAAGGUGGUGGAAACGACGUCCCCCAACACACCUGAGGGUGGUGGAAAUGACGUCACCCAACACACCUGAAGGUGGUGGAAACGACGUCCCCCAACACACCUGAAGGUGGUGGAAACGUAACUCCAACACACCUGAAGGUGGUGGAAACGACGUCCCCCAACACACCUGAAGGUGGUGGAAACGUAACUCCAACACACCUGAAGGUGGUGGAAACGACGUCCCCCAACACACCUGAGGGUGGUGGAAACGACGUCACCCAACACACCUGAAGGUGGUGGAAACGACGUCCCCCAACACACCUGAAGGUGGUGGAAACGUAACUCCAACACACCUGAGGGUGGU